AUGAAAUCGCAUACAACUCCCAUAGGUUAUCAGCUUUAUGCCGCAAAUGGCACGAUUAUCGAAACCUAUGGUUUAUCAUUACAAACAGUGAAUCUCGGACUGCGUCGAGAUUUCACGUGGAAUUUUAUUGUUGCCGAUGUCACCAAACCGAUACUUGGGGCUGAUUUUUUGAGUCAUUUUGAUUUGCUAGUCGACCUCAAACGCAAAUGCUUACGCGACGGCAUUACAGGUUUGACAUCAUCCGGUUAUUUCCACGCAACAACAGCAUUGGACAAAAUCAAGGCUGUGAAUGAUGGUUCCGUUUAUAUGAAACUGUUACGUGAGUUCGCCGAUAUCACACGAUCUGAUCCGUCCGACAAUAAGAAAAGGAAACAUUCAACGGUGCUUCAUGUUUGUACAACACCUGGUCCACCUGUUUCUAGCAAAGCUCGUCGCUUAUCGCCGGACAAUUUAAAAAUUGCUCAAGACGAGUUCCGUAAAAUGAUUGAGCAAGGCAUUUGUCAGCCAUCACAGAGUGCUUGGUCAUGGCCAUUACACAUGGUCCAGAAAAAGGACGGUGGUAGAGACCAUGUGGUGAUUAUCGCCCAUUGA